AAAAGGCAAAUGAUUAUAAAUUAAUAUGUAGUAGUAGUAGUAAUGAAGGAAAUGAAGAUUAAAGAGAAGAGGUAGUUAUUAUGGAAAAAAGUGGCAGAAUGAAUGAGAUGAAUAAAACAGGAGGAAUCAAAGUUGCAACCCUUUUACUAGUGAAUCAAGCACUAGCUACUUUAGGUUUCUUUGGAGUUGGGGUGAAUUUGGUUCUUUUUCUAACUAGAGUUCUUGGUCAAGAUAAUGCUGAAGCUGCAAAUAAUGUGAGCAAGUGGACAGGAACAGUUUACAUGUUCUCAUUAGUAGGAGCAUUUCUCAGUGACUCUUAUUGGGGUCGAUACUUAACCUGCACAAUCUUUCAAAUUUUCUUUAUUCUGGGGUUGGCACUGUCUUGUUUGUCAUCAUGGCGUUUCUUGAUCAAUCCAAGUGGAUGUGGUGAUGGGCAUAUUCCUUGUAAGCCAUCAACAAUUGGAGUUAACAUUUUUUACUUUUCCAUAUAUUUAGUUGCUUUUGGUUAUGGAGGACACCAACCAACCUUAGCAACAUUUGGUGCUGACCAAUAUGAUGAGAAAAAUCCAAAAGAAAGGAGUUUAAAAGUAGCUUUCUUCUGUUAUUUUUACUUUUCUCUCAACGUUGGAUCUUUGUUCUCCAAUACUGUAUUAGUGUAUUAUGAGGACACAGGGAAGUGGACAAUGGGUUUUUUGGUAUCAUUCAUCUCUGCUAUCAUAGCCUUUUUGACCUUUUUAUCAGGAUCUCCACAAUAUAGAUAUUUGAAGCCAUCAGGAAACCCUGUGGUAAGAGUUGCUCAAGUAUUUACAGCUGUUGUCAGGAAAUGGGGUGUUGAUCCACCCAAGGCAGACAAGCUUUUUGAGCUUGUUGGUUCUAAAUCUGCCAUCAAAGGUUGUAGAAAGAUUCUGCAUAGUGAUGAUCUACGAUUGAUGGACAAGGCAGCAACCAUUACGGAGAAUGAUGACGAGGAGAGUCGAAACAAUCCAUGGAGGCUUUGCACAGUGACUCAAGUUGAGGAAACAAAAUGUGUAUUAAGAAUGCUACCGAUUUGGCUAUGCACAAUUACUUACUCAGUUGUAUUUACCCAAAUGGCUUCACUGUUUGUUGAACAAGGAGAUGUGAUGAACUCCAAGAUAGGAGAAUUUCGUUUGCCAGCAGCUAGCAUGUCUAUAUUUGACAUAUGCAGUGUCCUUGUAUGCACCGGAAUUUAUCGCAAAAUCCUUGUGCCAUUAGUUGGAAGAUUGAGUGGUAAUCCAAGGGGAAUUAGCGAACUUGAAAGAAUGGGAAUUGGCUUAAUAUUUGGAAUGUUGUCAAUGGUUGCAUCAGGUAUCACUGAGAUUGUAAGACUGAGAAAUAUUAUUUGUAGCCAAAAAACAAGUUCAAUGAGCAUAUUCUAUCAAAUUCCACAAUAUGUUCUAAUGGGUGCUUCAGAGGUUUUUAUGUAUGUGGGUCAAUUGGAGUUCUUUAAUGGUCAAGCUCCGGAUGGUAUAAAAAGUUUUGGGAGUUCACUUUGUAUGGCUUCAAUGUCUCUUGGAAACUAUGUGAGUAGCAUGCUUGUUAACAUAAUAAUGGAAAUCACUGCAAGAGGGCAUGACAAAGGUUGGAUUUCAGAGAACCUCAACAAAGGGCAUAUGGAUAGAUUUUUCUUCCUUCUUGCAGGACUAGUUUCUUUUGAUUUUGUGAUUUACUUAUUUUGUGCUAAGUGGUACAAGAGCAUCAAUGUUCAAGGUGACCAAGAGGAGUUAGAGUUGGAUGAUUCUAAUAAUAGUAAAUCUGCAUCCAAAGGCCAACCUUAAUUUGUCAACAGAACAAGAUUGGAGCUGAGUGUUUAUUUAUUAAUUAAUAAGGAUUAAAGAUUAUAUAUGAUUUAAACAAAGCCUGUUGGAUGGUGGAGAAAUGACAAGACAAUAAAAAACGGUUCAUAAUCAUCAUAACAUGAAAAACAAUAUUAUGAGCCAAAUAGAUUCAGUUUUCCUAAAUUAAGCCCAAGAAACUUGACAUUAUGUUCGUAACUUAAACUUUGUUACCUAGUUAGUAGUUUGGUUUAAUUUCUCAACUAACUGAUAGAGUUGUUACUACAACCGAAUAUAGUUCAUACCGAUGAUGAUUAAUUAUCAUUUUACA